AUGAAUCCCGAUAACAAAGAUAUGGAUGAUGACGCUGAAUUUGGCGCAUCAGAGCUUGGAAUAAAGGAAUACUGGGACUCGGUUUACGCACGAGAGACUAGAAAUUUCAUUGCAAAUGGUGAUAUUGGUGAGAUUUGGUUUGGUGAAAAGACGGCGGCGAAGAUGGUUAAUUGGAUCCUGAAACAUGCUCCAAACAAAUCAACAAAGAUUUUAGAUCUUGGCUGCGGAAAUGGCCAUAUCCUUCUGGACCUUGCUUCACAUAAUUAUACAAAUCUCACGGGGAUCGAUUACUCUCCAGAUGCAAUCGAAUUAGCAAAAUCUGUAUCUCAAGAACGUGGAUAUAAGCACAUGAUAGAAUAUCAUGUAGUUGAUUUAUUAUCUGACAAUAUACAAAUAGGAGCAGAAUCUAAUGAUAUUGGAUUUGAUAUUGUGUUGGAUAAAGGAACUUAUGAUGCAAUUAGUAUGAAUCCUGAAAUUGUAGCAAAACGAGAAAGAGGUGAAAAAGAUUCGUAUCCUGGAUUGGUAAAAAGAUUGUUAUCAAAAAAGUCCGAAUAUAGCAUUUUUUUAAUUACUAGCUGUAAUUGGACAAAAGAAGAGUUGGUGCAACGAUUCGGAGAUGAGUUUGAUUAUCAUUCAUAUGUUGAACAUCCAACAUUUACUUUUGGUGGAAUUACUGGACAAACAAUAUCAACCGUGGCAUUCAAAUUAAAUGAAAAAUGA